AUGCCGCCAGACAGAACGCAUCUGGCAUGUCUAAGAUGUAGGAAAAAGAAACGCAGGUGUAAUGGCCAACAGCCAUGCCGCAAUUGCUCCAACGCGGUGCAGGAAUGCAUGUACGACGAACCGCCCAAACGAAGACCAUCGGAAAAGCCUUUCCAAGCCCCAAGAAAUGCAACCGAGAGGACACCGGUACAUUCAAGCACAGAGAGAAAUACCGAGCUAAACUCUGGGGGCAUACUGGCCAAGAGACUCGGACUUUGGACCGAUACAUGCCCUGUCGGAGGAGCACGAUUGUGCUCUUGGAAUCUUCGCCUGCGCAAAGAGCCCCGGUACAUGCGAGGAACGCGACCAUUAACAGAAAUCUUGAGCUCUACGCACUUGUACCAUCUCACAGGCAUAUACUUUCAAGAAAUCCAGCCGGUCUACAAGUUUCUCGACCGAGACAUGCUUGACACAGCAAUAGCUGCCUUGCAACGCGAUGAGCUGCCUGAUCGUUCCAUAGAAUCUGUGCUCCUAGGAGUUGCAGCAUUGGCUUGCCUAUUCAGCGAACAAGAAACCACUCUAGAAGACGAGAUCAUCCAGAAUGCUCGCGCCAGUCUUGAAUACUCGACAACACUGGAAUCGCCAACUGUGAAUCACGUUGUUGCAUGGCUGCUCCGUGUUAUCUUCCUGCGAUUUAACGGCUCUCCAAAUGCAGCAUGGAUCGCAAGCUGUACUCUUAUGCAUAUGGUUGAGACAGUUAAUCUAUAUUUGGACUCGCAUUCAGGAAACUCAAAUGCGCCAACAGCUGGCUGGUACAGCCCGCGACUGAAACGUCAGAUCUAUUGCACUGCUCAAAUCUUCAAUACAUGGAUCUCAUAUGAGUAUGGGAAGCCCCGUGUGAUCCCUCGUGAUGCACCGCAUAUUGCUGCAUUGGAAGGCUGGACCGCAGUAGAUCAGGUCAUAUGGCGUCUCUCUGAAGCUCUCGAUCCCAAUCUCCACGUCGGGUCUACGGAAUUGGAAGAUAUGCUCUCACAGGUUGUUGAGCUUCAACCUACUCAUUCAGCUGUGCAACUCAAACGUUGUAAUAUUGCGCUGUGCAUAUAUCGCAGGCUUCGAGUGACUGGACGAACGAUAUCAAAAGAAGCCAUUGAUCACAUCUUGCGUAUCGUUGAUGACGGGAUAUUUCAUGCCACCGAGAUGACGAAAAGGAAACUGCCUUGGUGGCAUAUUUUGAAUGUUCCCUUCCAGGUCAUUUGUGUUUUACUCGCAAUUGAUACUAAGGAAUCACUCCAACGUGUUGGAAAGUCUUUUCAGACAUUGCAGUUCAUUGCUCACGAAUAUGGAACCGAGGCCAUUGACAAAACAUGGGAGAGUGCAUGCACUUUGCUCGCAAUACAAAGUCGGAGAAAAAAGGAAGAUUUGGAUAUCCUGACCCGUAUUGAAGAUGACUUGACAACAGGGGAACCUGCUGGAAUAGAGUUCAACCCAUCUCAAGGCUUUGAUGAAGAUUUCCUCAACCCUGGAAUGCUCUGGGACUUGGAUCGGAUUCUUUCUACCAACUUCUGCGGUCUCUAA